GGCGCCGCAUCUUGAAUGGAAACAUGGCGGUGCCGGCUCGGACCUGCGGCGCCUCUCGGCCCGGCCCGGCGCGGACUGCGCGCCCCUGGCCCGGCUGCGGCCCCCAGCCCGGCCCCGGCGCCCGGCGCCCGCUGUCACUGCUGCUGCCUUCGCUGCUGCUUCUACCGUUGCUCGCCGCCCCCGGCGCCUCUGCCUACAGCUUCCCCCAGCAGCACACAAUGCAGCACUGGGCCCGGCGCCUGGAGCAGGAGGUCGACGGCGUGAUGCGGAUUUUCGGAGGUGUGCAGCAGCUCCGCGAGAUCUACAAGGACAACCGGAACCUAUUUGAGGUACAGGAGAACGAGCCUCAGAAGUUGGUGGAGAAGGUGGCAGGGGACAUCGAGAGUCUUCUGGACAGGAAGGUGCAGGCCUUGAAGAGAUUGGCCGAUGCUGCAGAGAACUUCCAGAAAGCCCACCGCUGGCAGGACAACAUCAAGGAGGAAGACAUCCUGUACUAUGAUGCCAAGGCUGACGCCGAGCUGGACGACCCUGAAAGUGAGGAUGUGGAAAGGGGGUCUAAGGCCAGCACCCUAACGCUGGACUUCAUCGAGGACCCAAACUUCAAGAACAAGGUCAACUAUUCAUACACGGCUGUGCAGAUCCCCACGGACAUCUACAAAGGCUCCACUGUCAUCCUCAAUGAGCUCAACUGGACAGAAGCCCUGGAGAACGUGUUCAUCGAAAAUCGCAGGCAAGAUCCCACGCUGCUGUGGCAGGUCUUUGGCAGUGCCACAGGAGUCACCCGCUACUAUCCAGCCGCCCCGUGGCGAGCCCCCAAGAAGAUCGACCUGUAUGACGUCCGAAGGAGACCCUGGUAUAUCCAGGGGGCCUCGUCACCCAAGGACAUGGUCAUCAUCGUGGAUGUGAGCGGCAGUGUAAGUGGCCUGACCCUGAAGCUGAUGAAGACGUCCGUCUGCGAGAUGCUAGACACGCUCUCUGAUGACGACUAUGUGAACGUGGCCUCGUUCAACGAGAAGGCGCAGCCUGUGUCAUGCUUCACACACCUGGUACAGGCCAAUGUGCGUAACAAGAAGGUGUUCAAGGAAGCUGUGCAGGGCAUGGUGGCCAAGGGCACCACAGGCUACAAGGCCGGCUUUGAGUAUGCCUUUGACCAGCUGCAGAACGUGAGCCCCCUGGGUGGACAAACGGGAAGCUGGGGUGGGCAAGGGCCCGGGCUCGGUGACACCCGGGAAAUCAAGACGGAUGGCCUUGUUAGUAGGCAGCUUGGACAGGUAGCACCAUCUGCUGUGGGGGAGGAAGGCCAGAGGGCCAGGCCCACCAGGGGGAGGGUGGCCCGUCCCCUGGACCAGGGAGGGGCUGAGAGCCGGCUGACUCCACGCUCACCCGCCCAGUCCAACAUCACUCGGGCCAACUGCAAUAAGAUGAUCAUGAUGUUCACGGAUGGCGGCGAGGACCGCGUGCAGGAUGUUUUUGAGAAGUACAACUGGCCCAACCGGACGGUGCGCGUGUUCACUUUCUCCGUGGGGCAGCAUAACUACGAUGUCACACCCCUGCAGUGGAUGGCCUGCGCCAACAAAGGUUACUAUUUUGAGAUCCCUUCUAUCGGAGCCAUCCGCAUCAACACGCAGGAAUAUCUAGACGUGUUGGGCAGGCCCAUGGUGCUGGCGGGCAAGGAGGCCAAGCAGGUGCAGUGGACCAACGUAUAUGAGGAUGCACUGGGGCUGGGAUUGGUGGUAACAGGGACCCUCCCUGUUUUCAACCUGACACAGGAUGGCCCUGGGGAAAAGAAGAACCAGCUGAUCCUGGGCGUGAUGGGCAUCGAUGUGGCUCUGAAUGACAUCAAGAGACUGACUCCCAACUACACACUUGGAGCCAACGGCUAUGUGUUCGCCAUUGACCUGAACGGCUAUGUGUUGCUGCAUCCCAAUCUCAAGCCCCAGACCACCAACUUCCGGGAACCUGUGACUUUAGACUUCCUGGAUGCGGAGCUGGAGGAUGAGAACAAGGAAGAGAUCCGUCGGAGCAUGAUCGAUGGCAACAAGGGCCACAAGCAGAUCAGAACAUUGGUCAAGUCCUUGGAUGAGAGGUACAUAGACGAGGUGAUCCGGAACUACACCUGGGUGCCUAUCAGGAGCACCAACUACAGCCUAGGGCUGGUGCUCCCGCCCUAUAGCACCUUCUACCUCCAAGCCAACCUCAGCGACCAGAUCCUGCAGGUCAAGUUGCCAAUCAGCAAACUGAAGGAUUUUGAGUUCCUGCUCCCCAGCAGCUUUGAGUCUGAAGGACAUGUUUUCAUUGCUCCCAGAGAGUAUUGCAAGGACCUGAAUGCCUCAGACAACAACACCGAGUUCCUGAAAAACUUCAUUGAGCUCAUGGAGAAAGUGACUCCAGACUCCAAGCAGUGCAACAACUUCCUUCUGCACAAUCUGAUCUUGGACACAGGCAUCACACAGCAGCUGGUGGAGCGUGUGUGGCGGGACCAGGAUCUCAACACGUACAGCCUGCUGGCUGUGUUUGCUGCCACAGACGGCGGCAUCACCCGAGUCUUCCCCAACAAGGCAGCUGAGGACUGGACAGAGAACCCUGAGCCCUUCAAUGCCAGCUUCUACCGCCGCAGUCUGGAUAACUACGGUUAUGUCUUCAAGCCCCCACACCAGGAUACCCUGUUAAGGCCACUGGAGCUGGAGAACGACACAGUGGGCGUCCUCGUCAGCACAGCUGUGGAGCUCAGCCUAGGCGGGCGCACACUGAGACCAGCAGUGGUGGGCGUCAAGCUGGACCUAGAAGCUUGGGCUGAGAAGUUCAAGGUGCUAGCCAGCAACCGUACCCACCAGGACCAGCCUCAGAAGCAGUGCGGCCCCAGCAGCCACUGUGAGAUGGACUGUGAGGUUAACAAUGAGGACCUACUCUGUGUCCUCAUUGAUGAUGGGGGAUUCCUGGUGCUGUCAAACCAGAACCAUCAGUGGGACCAGGUGGGCAGGUUCUUCAGUGAGGUGGAUGCAAACCUGAUGCUGGCACUUUACAAUAACUCCUUCUACACCCGCAAGGAGUCCUACGACUAUCAGGCGGCCUGUGCCCCUCAGCCCCCUGGCAACCUGGGUGCUGCACCCCGGGGUGUCUUUGUGCCCACCAUUGCGGACUUCCUUAACCUGGCCUGGUGGACCUCUGCUGCCGCCUGGUCCUUGUUCCAGCAGCUUCUCUACGGCCUCAUCUACCACAGCUGGUUCCAAGCGGACCCCGCGGAGGCCGAGGGGAGCUCCGAGACGCGCGAGAGCAGCUGCGUCAUGAAACAGACCCAGUACUACUUCGGCUCGGUAAACGCCUCCUACAACGCCAUCAUCGACUGCGGAAACUGCUCCAGGCUGUUCCACGCGCAGAGACUGACCAACACCAACCUUCUCUUCGUGGUGGCCGAGAAGCCGCUGUGCAGCCAGUGUGAGGCUGGCCGGCUGCUACAGAAGGAGACGCACUGCCCAGCGGACGGCCCGGAGCAGUGCGAGCUGGUGCAGAGACCGCGAUACCGGAGAGGCCCGCACAUCUGCUUCGACUACAACGCGACGGAAGAUACCUCAGACUGUGGCCGCGGAGCCUCCUUCCCGCCGUCGCUCGGUGUCCUGGUCUCCCUGCAACUGCUGCUCCUCCUGGGCCUGCCGCCCCGGCCGCAGCCUCAAGUCCACGCCCACGCCUCUCGCCGCCUCUGAGCGCCCCGCCCGCCCCGCCCGGCCUCCUCGCCUCUCUCCCGCCCUCCCGCCCGCACGCCCUGCCUUAGAGCCUCGUCCCUCCCUGGCUGAAGGACCUGAGCUCCCAGGCCCUGAGUCUGCACCUCGGGGAAGAGGAGGCCUAAGGAGGACGCCACAGGUCUUUGGCACUCAAGCCACGUUUCACCACUGAACUGCUCAAGUGUCCCCAAACCAUUCAUUCCCACUGGGCCCACCCAGGUAGCAUAAGACAGGGAGGCCACAUGUCCUGGUGCCAAACCAGGCCUCUGCUGCCUGCCCUGCCCGGAGGCUCCCUAUGUAUGGGAGACCCUGCCUCAGCUGGACCCCUCUAACCUGGCUCUUCUGUCCCGCCCAAACUUGGUUUCUGUGAGAAUAAUGGAGGGAGGUGAGUUGGGCAGUUUGAGGCCUGUGAAUCCCAGUUUAAAUCCUAGCAGGACAGAGGUCCUGGGGCAGCCCACAAUUGGCACUUCUCAGGCCUCCAGCCCUGUCCCCCCGAAGCCCAGCAGGUGUAAGGACAGUCACAGUACAGAUUUAGACACAACCCCAUACAUACAUGGAACCCUGAGGUCAGAAACUGGACCCACAUGAGACACAGGGCACAUACACACACAGACAUGCACACACCAUAGGGUGGAGUAGGGGUGGGGGCACACAAAGCCUUACACAGAGCGAGGGGUUGGUGGAAAGGUUGGCACCUGCACACUCCGUCUGCUGCUUACCAGCCCCUUCUGAUCUGAGCUGCAGCCCAGCUGGUCCUCCCAUCUCUAAACUGAAUGUCAAACAGUGCCAAAUGCUGGGGUAUGGGGUAAAGAAUCUGUCCCACCCCUAACCACCAGUGUCCCCCAAGUGCCCCUCACCUUUCCAGGUGCUCAUUAUAACCAUUUCUCAUUAGUGUUGGCCCUGAGUGGGACCACAUGCCACUGCCUGCACCCCUCAGCAGAGGAACCCCCACGAGACAUUACCCUUUGCCUUAGCAGGGGUGACUUAGUCUCUCCUGGCUGGGCCAUUCCACCCCCAAUCUGGCCCUUAGAUGCUCAGGCCUGUGCCCACUCCCUCUCUCCUCCCACACAUCCACACACACUCCCUGCCCCCAGGAGGCCAAACUGUCCCUCCCCUGAACACACACACACACACACACACACACUGUGCACACAGAGGCGGGGCCUGGGCACAGCUUUUCACACCAUUCAUUCUGGUCAUUUCCCCUGAAGGCAUCCCAGUUUGGGGGCCAGUGGGGGAACUGAGGGCAAGGGGAUGUAGCCAUGGGGCUCAGAUGGAUUGGGAGAAGGGGGGAGGGUGAUGCAUUAAUUAAUGGCUCCGUUAAUUAAUGUCAUGUUGCUUGUCGCUUUCUCAGUGUGUGUGUAUGGUCCAUGCCCGCCGCUGGUGCCAGGGUGGGUGUCCAUGAUGUGCGCCCAGCCUGGAUACCAUUGUGUCCUGUGGGGGCGUGUGUGUAACUGUAGUGUAGUCAGGUGCUCAAUGGAGAAUAUAAAAAUAAAAAAGAAACAUAUACAGAAAAUAAAUAUAUAUUUUAAGUUUAAAAAACAGAAAAACAGACAAAACAAUUCCCAUCAGGUAGUUGUCCAUCCCCCAGCUGGGUCGUAUUCUUCUCAUCACCCACCUGACCUGGCUGCCCCCUUCUUUGGGCUGGGGGACUGGGGGCCAUUUCCUUUUCUCUGCCCUUUUUUUGUUGUUGUUCUAUUUUGUACAGAAGUCGGAAAAACAACAGCGACAAAAAAGUCAAGAAACUUUGUAAAAUAUUGUGUGUGUGAUUCCUUGUAAAAUAUUUUCAAAUGGUUUAUUACAGAAGAUCAGUUAUUAAAUAAUGUUCAUAUUUUCACUUCAAA